UUAAAAAUAUUUUCAUCUCUUCCAAUAAAUUGCAGAAAAAAGAAAGAACCCCACUAUUAUUCUCCUGCUUUCUCCCUUCCCAAUGUUUAUGUCUCUGUAUAUUUUUUUGAAGGCCAUAGUAGUAGAUGUGAGUGGGCAAUAGAACCAAGAACACAGAACCCAUUUAUGUAUAUGUAUGUGUAAGAAAAAGCCAGUCACUUUUGCAUUUUAAUGCCCCCUUUCUCUCUCUUCUUCUCUUCACUUCAAUACUUGUCUGGUUUUGAACCAUUUUUUUUACAUAAAGGUACUACCUUUAUCUUCUUUAUACCCUAUCAAGACUAGUUUAUGCAUAUUUUGAAUUUAAUUCAUGUGGGUAAACUUGUCUGCAAAAGUUGAUGCAGAUAAGCUAACACUGAAGUACAAUAGCUGUGUGUUGUGACCUUUUCCCCCAUCUUUCUUGUGCAAAGAUUAUUGCUUUUUUGGUUCUUUCUCACCCCCACCCCCUUAACUAGACUUGAUUAUGGAGCUUCAAGGAGAUAGUUGUAUAGGGAUGAAAUGGGUUUGUUGGUGAUGGUACUGUGUGUUCAUGUAUGGCUCACAUCCAAAGUAACAAAAGUGUUAGUGUUACUGCAACUGAAGCAGAUGAAGUGAAACCAGCAGCCACUACUUUUCAUGAUUUUUUGGGUAAAGGGUAUACUCAAGAUUCAUCUCCGGCGAUGUCUGGCAGAGUGGUGUUGCCGUCAGAGGCAUCUCCGUCUGCUUCUGUCUCACUUGGUGCUUCUUCUGGGGGUGGCCGUGGCCCCAUUUCCACUACUUCUGAUCUGGGUUCUGAAAGAGUUGUAGGAAAUCAUUUCGAAGGAGUACCGUUCUAUGGCCUAAGGGGUGAACUUUCAGGGCCUGAGACAAGUAAUCGAUUAUCGGGAACAAAAAGAAGCAAUUCUGACUCUUUGAUGGGGUUAACAAGAGAUAAAUUUGCAAUGCUGCGACCAGACGCAUUGGAGAGCUCGCAUAUGCAGAAGCUACUACGAAAUGCAGGGGGUGAGCGACAUGGACGACCACAGGAGCAAGAAAUGUCCUUUGUUAUGCAUCCGUUGAGGCCACUUCAUCCCUCUUUAAUAUCACAACCAUCCGCCACUGGUAGAACUGAUGUCAAUGCUUCCAAGUGGGAUCGAGUUAUUCCCGUCAAUGUUGGUCCCACCUUGCAGUAUCCUCCACGUGCUAGUCAUGUUUUACCUUUUGGAUAUCAAUCGUCAUCCAGCAGGUUUGGAGAUGCUAAUGCAGGACCUUCUAACAUAUCUCAAGCUGCCGAUGAAGGAUCAAGGACAGGAAUCAAAGGAUCCGGAAUAUUGAGCUCCAUUAAUGCGAGUGGUGGAAUCUCUGAUGGAAGCCUUUCUGGGGUGCCAUUAAGUGGUGCUAAGCAGAAGUCUACACUUCACUUCUCUGACCUAGAAUCUUCUAACCCAAGUCGGCAAGGAUCGUCAUCUGCUGGCUCUCAAAUGACUAUAUUUUACGGGGGUCAAGCCCAUGUUUUCGAUAAUGUCCAUCCCAACAAGGCAGAUGUUAUAAUGUCCUUGGCUGGAUCAAAUGGAGGAUCUUGGUCAACAACAUAUGCUCCAAAACCUGCAGCAAGGCCAUCAACUGGAGAAAACUAUUUGCCUAAAGCAGAGAAUCAGACAACCAAGGGCAAUAACCUAGCUUUAAUAAGAGAGUUGCAUGGCAGGUCAUCUGGCAAAGCAGGUUUCACCCACGGUUUUGGUUCUGGUGAUCACAUUUCCAUCCCUCAAGGUAUCAAUCGAGGGGUUAGCAUAACUAAGGAAGCAAAAAGUGCAGCGCAAGUAGCAGAAAACGUCACUGAUGAAAAACGAGAAAUGUGAUUCAGACUCCAAAUAGGGCUGACAUUGUCACAGAUCCACCUUACUUGUCUUCUAUUCCUUUAUUUUUCACUACUUUCACCCCUAAAAACCAGGUGAACUACCUAUUGAAUCCAUAUUUCCAACCUUGUACCACUCUUUAUUUAGUUGUUGAUUCAAUGGAAGUUUAUCUGUCAUUCGAAAAGGAAUGCAGCAGAUGUUUUUAUAGGCUUGUUUAGGCCUUGAACUCUCAAGACAUGUAUGCUCCAUCUGUUCACUAGAUGCAAUUCCAAUGAUGGUUUCACUUAUCUGAAUUCUGUUUUGCUUAUUCUUGGGGUGAAAUGACUACAGAGGAUUCAUUCA